GAGUCUCCAUCCUCUUCUCGCGACGAUCUUCGGUGGCACUCUUCGCUCUGACGCGGCUCGCCUGGCUGUCGCGUAUUCCUGGCAUCUCUCCUCCGGCGUUGGCAUUCCUUCUCCGGGCGACCUGCUUACCCGUCGGGAAAAGGAGAAACUACCAGAAACCCUGACGCCUCCCUCGAAGCCAGCGUUACCAUGGCAGCUGCUCCUUAGCCGGCGGGGGGGCCCCCUCUUGUCUGAGACUGCCCUCGGUAGCGGACGGUGAGCGAUGAGACGCUGCAGCCCUGGAGCGCAUCACCAUGAGCAUCAAGAACCUGGGAGGAGCCUUGGGGGAGUCCCUGGGCUCUAGCCUGACGGUGCGUAUGAGCGGGGCGGGCGGCGGAUGGAGCGCGCUCUCCCUGAAACCCGUGGCCCCCGUGCGUCUCGGCUCCAUUUUCCAGACCAUGGUUCCCACCGGUUACACCAAGCUGCAGGAGGACCGCCUGGCCAUGGCCGACCUGGGAGGCAAAGCUGAGGCCGGCCCGCUGCAGAACGGCUACCGGCAGGAGGCCGAGGGCAGGCGGCUCCUCGACCGGGCCUCCCGCUCCUCCGUGACUUUAUCGGACCCCGGAGACGGGGGCUGCCCCGAGACGGCGCCCAUGCUGGCGGAGUGGAGGCUCUCCGGGGAGGACGCCAGCGACGAGGGCGACGGAGACGAGGCGGAGGCGCCGGGGCCGGACGCGUCCAACAUGCCCAAGGAGUCGCCGCUGGCGAUGGCUCUGCAGAUCUUGGUGCCGUUUCUGCUGGCCGGGUUCGGGACGGUGUCGGCGGGAAUGGUGUUGGAUAUCGUGCAGCACUGGGAGGCCUUCCAGUACAUCACCGAGAUCUUCAUCCUGGUUCCCGCUCUGCUGGGCCUGAAGGGCAACCUGGAGAUGACUCUGGCUUCAAGGCUGUCCACGGCUGUCAACGUGGGGAAGAUGGACUCGCCCAUCGAGAAGUGGAACCUGAUCAUUGGCAACCUGGCGCUGAAGCAGGUUCAGGCCACCGUGGUGGGGUUCCUGGCAGCCGUCGCCGCCGUCGUGCUGGGCUGGAUCCCUGAGGGGAAGUUCCAGAUGAGCCACGCUGUCCUGCUGUGCUCCAGCAGCGUGGCCACGGCCUUCAUAGCCUCCCUGCUGCAAGGCAUCAUCAUGGUCGGGGUGAUCGUGGGCUCCAAAAAGACUGGCAUCAACCCGGACAACGUAGCCACGCCCAUUGCGGCCAGCUUCGGUGACCUCAUAACCCUGGCCAUCCUGGCCUGGAUCAGCCAGGGCCUCUACAGAUGCCUGGACUCCCAUCCCUACGUGUCGUCGCUGGUCUGCGCCUUCUUCAUGUGUCUGACGCCUCUGUGGAUCGUCGUGUCCUCCAAGCACCCGGCCAGCCGCACGCUGCUGUACUCCGGGUGGGAGCCGGUCAUCACCGCCAUGGUCAUCAGCAGCAUCGGAGGACUCAUUCUGGACAAAACCGUGUCCGACCCAAAAAUGGCCGGCAUCGUAGUUUACACCCCGGUUAUCAACGGCAUUGGUGGAAACCUUGUGGCCAUUCAGUCCAGCAGGAUUUCCACCCACUUGCAUUUCCACUGCGCUCCUGGAGAAGUUCCUGACGAGGCCAAGGGCUGCUACUACCCCUGCCGUACAUUCUGUGGCACAGGAGCCAAUCACCGCUCAGCUCAGGUGCUGCUGCUUUUAGUGGUCCCCGGCCACCUGAUCUUCCUGUACACCAUCCACCUGAUGAAGAGCGGCCACACCACGCUGACCCCCAUCUUCAUGUCUGUCUACCUGGCUGCUGCUCUGCUGCAGGUGCUGCUGCUGCUGUGCAUAUCAGACUGGAUGGUUCAUUCCAUGUGGCGGAGCGGCAAAGACCCCGACAGUUUCUCCAUCCCUUACCUGACCGCUCUGGGGGAUCUGCUGGGCACGGCGCUGCUGGCGCUCAGCUUCCACUUCCUGUGGCUCAUAGGAGACCAGGACAGCGACGUGGGGGACUGAGCCGGCCGUUCGGGAGACCGUCAGCAGCGAAGACUGGAACCCCCAGCUCUCCCGCCCCCCUCAGGCUCUGAUGGACCGUCGGUGCUUUCUGUCGCGACCAGCACAUUCUUCCGCUUCACACUUUUGGAUGAACCUUUAACUUCUACAUCUGAUACACAGACUAAUCUCAACGUAUGCCUUGUUUUCUUACAUAGAGAACGCUGCGUAUUCUAAGACUGUUUUUUUUUUUUUUUUUUUUUUGUGUGCAGCCAUUCUAAUCUGCAUCUUUUAUACCAAAGCGUUUGUGUUUUAUUCUGCUGGGUUUGUCUAGAGGAGAGGGAAACAUCUGCCACCUUCUCUUUAAGGAUCUGUAUAUGGUUUGGUAAAUGUAUUUUGGGGAUUUCGUUCGCACAGCACAAAUUGGCUCCCUGUGAAAAAACCAGCACAGCAGCGGUCGAAUGACAAAGUUCGAACUUUGGAGCGCCAACCCUGAACAGGACGGGUGGAAGUGGGACAGACGCGUACUUGUCGGGGCUCAAGCUAACAUCUGCCUUUAAGGCGAUUUCACCACAAACUGAAUACAUUCAGGAAACACAAAAUCUCCUUUUUGCACAGGUCCAUCUCACCGUCUCUUUGUGUUAAAACUUUCCGACGAGAUGUCAGGACCGGGUUGUGGCGGCCGCAGCUCUCUCCAGCGGUACGAAGCACAGAAUAAUAAAGCGCUGCCCUUCCCCCACCUGUUGCUGAGCACUGCUGCUCAGCUGGCUCAAAAAAGGAUCCAUGCAUUUAUUUUUUUUCUCACACUUGCAAAAAAUGGGGGCUAGUGGCUGUUUGGAGGUAUUCCUGUUUGUAAAAACAGCAAAGAUGGCGUCCCCGCUGUUGUUUCGGGUCACACUGCCGCCGGUUAGCUGCGAGCCGUUUAGUGUCUAAGCCGUCGGACGUGCGAUACGGCUUGUUUUGAUGCAGCGAUGACGCCAUUUUACCCGAGGUUAUCAUGAUGGCAGAUAACAAAUAACACCAGGACCAAAAAGGUUUGCUCAGUUUCAUUUAUUAAACUAUCAUUUAGCAUUGAUGCACAUAUGUAGCCAACCGAUAAAGACCCAGGGGAAGGAGCCUGUGACACGACCAGCUGUUUCUCUCCAUAAACCCUGUUUAUGCUUUCCUCAAUUAGAUCUGUUUUAUUUUUGUGGAUCGUUUACAAGAACUACACAAGUCUAGGGGAGAUUUCUGGAAGACGAUUGCUUAACUUACCCACAGUGACUCUCAGGAGUUGACACGGCCCCUUCCUGAAAUGCCAGUCUUAUUGAUGUAAAAAGAAAAGGGUUAAUUAUUUUCAAGCUUUUUUGACAAAUAAUGUGACAUUAUAAAAAGAAAAGAAGAAAUGAUUAUAAGAAAAAGCCUCAAUAACCUGUUGGCAUAGGUUGGUACACCUUUAACUCACCCUUUUGAAGCACCUCUUGAUUUUUUUUUUUAGUUUAGUUGUGAAAAGGUCACAGUAAAGGUGUGGGGAAAGGGUGCUGGAAGGAUUUAUCAGGGCGUCAUCUUAUUACAUCACCAAAACCGGGCAUUGUAAACGUUGGUUGAAUGCCGGGGACUCUCGUCAACUUCUUAACGUGCCUCUAGAGAUUCACCGGUUUAACACGGUGUUCUCCCUGCUAUCAAUGCAAUCUUCUUUCUACUGCAUUUUGUCUGUUUGAAAUGACUCGCUGCGUUAAUUAUAGUGAGUACGAAGUCGAUAAAGCUGCUGGUCCUGACUGUUUGACUGUCUGUUAUUUUUAUUUCAUUCUGGGAUGACUAACGCAAGUCUGUGCAAUCCUGUUCUCCCCUUCUCGCUCAUCUGGACCUAAAUAUUUCAAAAUAAAUGCUACUAAUUUGAAAAGUGA